AUGCGCCUCUUGUACCGCCAAGUGGUGCUGCCGGCCAUCGCGUAUGCGUCCCCCAUCUGGUGGCCCGAACGACCUGACUGCCGCCUGCGCAGUCGCAUCCUUUCGGUGCAGCGCUCGGUGCUUCUCGCACUGACUGGCGCGUACAAGACCACGCGCACGGCCGCGCUGCAGCUUCUUUUACACGCGCCGCCGGUCGAGCUCGAGUUACGCCGCCUCAACCAGGAGUUUACCCUGUUUGUCUUGAGGGAACCCAUCGAAUGCGACGGCACUACAUACGACGCCGCCAACGUCGCGCUCCCGAUCGACCGGUGGGCAAGACACCCGGCUCAAAUGCCACUGGAAAGACCGUUAUGCCGACUCUCGGUGCAGCAGGCCAGGGUAAUGGUUCGCAACCCGGGCCUACACAUAUUCACCGACGGUUCACACACGUCUUUGUCAUCAGGAGCGGCAUACGUGGUGUUCGGUCGCGGCACCACUAUCAAGGCCGUCGGUCGGUAUAAAGUCCAGGGCGCAAACAGUGCCUAUUGCACCGAGAUUGUGGCCUUCACGGAGGCCCUUAUUUAUUUGCGAUCUUCUGCCUCUCGGCAACCGGCGUUUCUUUACACCGAUUGCCUGUCGGUUCUGCAAGCCCUCGCUAGUCCACACUGCCUGGACCCACGCAUUGAGCGCGUCAGAGCGCUGAUAGCGCAGAUUUCCGCCUCUCGACACCUGCAGGCGUUCCAUGUCCCAGGCCACCGGGGCUUGUUCGGCAACGAGAUCGCCGAUCACCUCGCAAACCGUGCGUGUCGCCUUGGCGUCGUGAGAACGGUGCUCCAAUCGGUCCGCGAUAUUCGAGGACGCCUACGGCAGGCAAUGCUGAAAGCAUGGGCGCAGGACUGGUCCGAACAUCACACCAGCACUGAGCUGUACAGAUGGACACCUGAUGUGCUCAGCUUACCGUCGUUCUACCCGCCCAACCACCAUCUCACGACGCUAAUAACUGGCCAUGGCCGGUUCCCCUUUUAUUUCUUCCGUUUCGGCCUGUCACACGAGUCGGUCUGCCCGUGUGGUGGUGACUGCAGCACGGUCGACCACUAUUUCACUGUUUGCCCUCUGACAGCGCAGCUGGUCUCACAGCUGCGAUAUCGAGAGGAUCUGGCCACUGACGACCGCAGACGCAUCCUCGCAGACGCCCGCAAUCGCGCGCUUCUAACUCGCAUGGUGGCGCUAAUUAGCCAAAACAUCCCGGACAUCGCGCGUUAG